CCAUACCGGGGUCGCGGCAACGAUAAAAAUAAAUUAUUAGUAAUUUUUUUUGGUAUUAGGGCUAAAAACUGAAAAUCAAACUGCAUUUAUAUCAGAGAAGAAAACUGCACAUAGAAAGAACACGCAGACGAAUAAAAGACACAAUCGAGAAAAAUGUAUCAGGCGAGAAAAAAAACGUUCUUAUUUCAUUCAAUCAAACGCCAUUUCACUUCCACCAUUACUGCAUUAACAAAUCUUCAAACUAGCACAAAUACAAAUGCCAAAACUAAAUUGAUACCCAAUGGGAUUGCAAAUAUCAAAGCCAAACCUAAUACUAAAAAUCCCAGCUCUACAAAGAAUACGAUUGGAAAUGCUAAGUUCAUUGAACAUAUACAAAGAUUCUGCAAGGAAGGUCGAUUGAAUCAGGCUGUAGGAAUUCUGAAAGACAUGGAUAGACAAGGUGUCCGUGCUGAGGUCUCAGCAUAUGCUUCUCUGUUGCAGUGCUGUCUGGAGACGAAAUCUGUUGCACAAGGGAGGAAAGUUCAUAAUCACAUGAUAGAAAAUGGUUUCAGCUUGGAUUUGUUUCUGGGUACUAAACUUGUUGUUAUGUAUGCUAAGUGUGGGAGUCUGGAGGAAGCACGCAAAGUGUUUGACGAAAUGCACAAGAGAACUGCGGUUUCCUGGACUGCUAUGAUUGCAGGGUAUGCCAAAGGAAAAUCUCAGGAGGCUUUGGAAUUGUUUAAUGAGAUGCAGCGGACAGGUGUUGUACCUGAUAAGUUUACAUUUGCCAGCGUUCUUCCGGCUUGCGCCAGGUUGGGAUCUCUGGAGUAUGGCAAGAAAGUGCACCGAGAAAUAAAAAGUAGGGGAUUUGAGGAUAAUUUAUUUGUGGGCAGUGGGCUUGUGGAUAUGUAUGUGAAAUGUGGGAGUGUGAAAGAUGCACGUAUUGUGUUUAACAAAAUGUCUGAACGAAAUGUAGUUUCCUGGACUGCCAUGGUUGCAGGAUAUGCGCAGAAUGGGCAGGUGGUUAUGGCACGGAAACUGUUUGAUAAAAUGCCUGAGAGAAAUGUGGUGUCGUGGAAUGCGAUGCUCGGGGGUUAUGCUGAGCAUGGGAUGGUUGAUGAAGCUGAAAAAUUGUUUGAGCAAAUGGCAGAACGGAAUACAGCGUCAUGGAACGGGAUGAUUUCAGCAUAUUUAGGUAGUGGGAAUGUGGAAAAGGCCUUGGAGUUCUUUGAGAAAAUGCCAGACAGGGAUAUAAUUACCUGGAAUACAAUGAUCUCGGCAUUCACACAAAAUUGGUGUUUUAUUGAGGCACUAGAUAUUUAUAAACAAAUGAAACAGGCAGGUGUGAAACCCAAUUCUACUACAUUUUCCAGUGUUCUUCCAGCAUGCGCCAACUCUGCAGCUAUUGAGCAGGGCAAGGAGAUCCACAUAGACGUCAGAAGAAGUGGGCUUGAGCCUAGUGUGUUUGUGGGGAGUGCUCUUGUUGACAUGCACGCCAAAUGUGGAAGAAUAGAAGAUGCGCGAAAAGUGUUUGAAAAAAUGCCCGAUCGAAAUGUUGUCUUAUGGACAGCUAUGAUCGGAGGGUAUGCCUUGAAUGGGUGCGGAAAAGAGGCUCUUCAAAUCUUUAAGGCAAUGCGAGAGUCGGGCACAAAGCCAAACCAUAUAACAUUUGCUGGUGUCCUGGCUGCAUGCUGCCAUGCUGGGUUAGUGGAUGAAGGUAGAGAGUACUUUGAUUCCAUGAGCAGAGAUCAUAACAUAACCCCUGAAUUAAGGCAUUUUUGCCACAUGGUUGAUCUCCUUGGGCGUGCUGGGCGUCUUAACGAGGCGAACGAAUUCAUCAAGAAAAUGCCAGUCCAACCUGAUGCUGAUAUUUGGGUUUCUUUGCUUCGUGCUUGUAUUGUCCAUAACAAAAUAAAACUUGGAAAACAUGUGGCAGAACGUCUUUUGAAAAAUGAUCCUAAUAAUUUUUCACAUUAUGUGAUGAUAUCAAACAUGUACGCUGCUGCUGGCAGAAUGGUAGAGAAAGAAAAAGUAAGGGAAUUGAUGAGAGAGAACCAAGUAAAGAAGAUGCCAGGGCGAAGCUGGAUUGAAAUCAAUAAAAAGUUACAUUCUUUCUGUACUGGAGACAAAAUACAGUCAGAGAUGCCGGAAAUUCUUUCAGAAGCGCAGCAACCAUCUGGACAGAUUAAAGAGGUGGGCUAUGAACUGAAGACAAACUCUGUAGUGCAUGAUGAUGAUGACAAGGGGGGAAAAGAUAUUCUUUAUCACCAUAGUGCGAAGCUGGCAAUUGCAUAUGGGCUUCUAAACACACCACGAGGAAUGCCUAUCCGGAUUGCCAAGAAUGUUAGAGUGUGUGAUGACUGCCACUCUGCCACCAAAAUUAUUUCAAAGAUUUUUGAACGUCAAAUAUUUGUGAGAGACGCCAAACGUGUCCAUUACUUCAAGGAUGGCCAGUGUUCAUGCGGAGAUUAUUGGUAACGAAAUAAGAUACAAGCAAAUAAAUUGAGUUAUCCCUUGCCAGAAACUAGGCAGAUUUAUGUUUUUUGGUCUAGUCAGCAAGAGUCAUCGUGGGAUGAUGAUAUGGAGCAGUCUCCCCCUGCCAACAACUAGGCAGAUUCAAUUCUUUGGCCUAGUCAGCAAAAGUUGUAACGGGAUGAUGACAGAGCAGUCAGAUAUUCAUAAUAUUGAAAACAUGUUCUCACAGCUGCCUGGCCAUAUCUGGUUCUUAGAGUGGAUUGUCUGAGUUGGAUGGAGCAUGACGAGCAUGGAUUGUUUGAGCUGGAUGGAGUUUUCAAAACAUGAUAUCUUAACAUUUCAACUCUGAUUUUGGAGUUUUUAACUUUCUCCUCUGAGGGAUUUUUCUUACUGGCUCGAAAUACUCUACAUCUUUACUUCUUUUUAUUACAGCAACACAGAUAAGCAAGUUAAAAUGUGCUUUGAAUCAAAGCGAUUAACAAUUCAAAGUUUUCCAACAAAAAAUGAAAGUUUAAACAGCAUGAAAGUGAGAAUUGCCAUUGAGUUGAAUAUGUGUUUUAUUGUCAAAGAUGACUUGUUAUGACAGGUAGAAUGUAACCAAGGAAGAUUUCAUACAUGACUAUUGGAAGCAGCGGGUUGCAAUGCCC